GCAGCCUACCAGACCAGGAGAAGACGGCAUGCCUUUGCUGCAGUCGACUGCUACAGGUUUGGCCAUCUGUGUCACAAACAGGGCGUGGAAGACACUCCGACAUUCACGCUGUUUUCCAACGGACACAAGGUGGCAACCAUCACGGACGCGGAAACCUUUGACAGUGAUUCCAUGAAGGGUUUUGUCGAGAAGGCUCCAGUCCUGAGUGGGCCAGUCAAGGAAACAGAAUCGAAACGCUACUUGCCUAUAGAGUACCGAUGA